AUGCCCCCAUUGUCUUGCAAGAGUGAUGCUAAAGUCCUUGUUAUUGGUGCCGGAGUUUUCGGACUCACCCUAGCCCUUGAGUUAAAUCGACGUGGGUAUACAGAUAUCACGAUAUUAGACCGAUAUCUCCCUCCCGUCCCGGAUGGAUCCAGUGUCGAUAUUUCCAGGGUCGUUCGGCCAGACUAUGCAGACCAAUUCUACGCAGAUAUGGCGGUGGAGGCUGUAAAAGGCUGGGCAAGAGAGUUCUCACCGUUCUUUCACCGUAACAGCUUGCUAUCAUUGUCCGAAACUCACAGGCAUCCAUAUACAAGAAUCUUGCGAGAGUUUGCGCGAUCUAGACCUAUCUGUUUCGGAAUGUUCAGGAGACGAGGCAAGGAAAAGAUUCCCGAUGAUCCAUGCAUUCUUUACCUAGCUCGGCGAUGCAAUGACGCGGGUAUUUCAUUUCUGAGUGGCCGCCACGGAACUGUUACGUCUUUAUUGACAGCUGGGAAAAGAGUCGCCGGUGUUCGCACCAAGGCAGGAGCUGCAAUACUAGGCGAUGUAACCAUCAUUGCCAUGGGAGCGUGGACGCCACACUUGCUGAAUAUGAACCGGAACUCCGUGUCAACAGGUCAGCCUGUAGGGUUCCUACAACUGACUUCACAAGAGGCCGACGAUAUGAGAAACUGUCCCGUAAUCAUCAACCUGAGUACCGGCUGGUUCUGCUUCCCGCCCACGCCGGGCACCAACAUUCUCAAGAUGGCAAGGCACGGCUAUGGAUAUGAGACGACAACGGCACAACCUCCACAUGCAUCUGCGAUCGGCCAGGCGGACUCCAGCUCUGCUCCAUCACUCAGUCACAAUAACGCCACAUCAGGGUUCAUCCCUGCCGACGCAGAGCAGGCCCUCCGUCACGGUCUAGAGCAAUUCUUCCCCCGGCUCCGUGACCGAGAUUUCCUGCGCCGCCGUUUGUGCUGGUACACGGACACGCCAAAAGGCGACUUCAUCGUGGACUAUCACCCCGAUUACGAGAAUUUGUUCAUGGCUUGUGGUGGUAGUGGACACGCCUUCAAAUUCCUCCCUGUCCUAGGUAAAUAUACAGCGGAUGCAUUUGAGUUGAAAGCUUCGGAGCGCCAGACAAGCAAAUGGGCAUGGAAGCCCACUUCAGCCGCGAUUUCCAAAGGCGAUGGAAGCCGCGGUGGGCCCUCGCGUCGGGUUCUGUCCAGAGAGGAGCAGAGUAGACUGUGA